GCGCAAGAUAGCACCGACCUCUGCAGUUGUCUUCUCUUCCCUCUCGAAGAUCCGCGCUCAUCUCAUCCCAACGAACAAACCAAAAACUUCAUCGUAGGAGGACGCAAGGAAGCGCACGUUAGCCCCUGCGGCUGGAUCCUUACGCUCACAGCCCUCCAUUUGCGGCGAUCCGCUGGGAUCUGGGCCCACGUGAAGCAGAAAAAGAGAGAGUGAGAGAGCGCCAGCGACACGUCACUGGAUCUCCCCAUGCUCUGCAUUUGCCUUCUUCAGCGAGAGCUGUGAUUGAUGAUUUGGACGUGAAGGACGUGGGGAAAAAAAAAGAAAAAUAAUAAUAAUAAUUCAAGAUGUGGGGUAGUUCCUCUGUUCAUAAGCGAAUGGCCGCCAAAGAGCUGAUGGCGGACUUCGAUCGAGGCGAGCCCAGCUCAGGUCGUUUCUUGAGUCAAGAAGGCAGCAAUCCUUCUUGGAAACUCUCUUUUCCUCAUGUAUGUGUGGCAACAAUCUCAUCAUUCCUAUUCGGAUACCAUCUUGGAGUGGUGAAUGAACCAUUGGAUAGCAUUGCUAAAGAUCUUGGGUUUUCGGGCAACACGCUGGAUGAAGGACUCGUUGUAAGCAUUUGCUUGGGUGCGGCCUUUCUUGGCUCUUCGUGUAGUGGUUGGAUUGCUGAUGCAGUUGGGCGCCGUAGGGCAUUCCAGAUGUGUGCAUUGCCUAUGAUUAUUGGAGCUUCUGUAAGUGCAAUAGCAAACAGUUUGGAGGGUAUGCUGCUCGGCAGAUUCUUAGUUGGAAUAGGAAUGGGACUAGGUCCACCUGUUGCCUCUCUGUAUGUGACAGAGGUCUCUCCUUCGUUUGUUAGAGGUACUUAUGGAAGUUUAAUUCAGAUUGCCACAUGUCUUGGUCUAAUCGCCGCUAUGUUUAUGGGUUUUCCAGUAAAGACAACCCCUGGAUGGUGGCGGGUCUGCUUUUGGGGUUCUACCAUUCCUGGUGCUUUUCUUGCGAUUCUCAUAGAAUUUUGUGCUGAAAGUCCUUCAUGGCUCUAUAAGCGUGGAAGGCUAGUUGAAGCAGAAAUUCAAUAUGAAAGACUUUUGGGAGCUUUCCAUGUCAAGUCAGCAAUUGCAGAAUUAUCUCGUUCAGAUAAAGGAGAUGAUGUGGAGACCAUAAAAUUUUCAGAUUUACUACGUGGUCACAAUUUUAGAGUUGUUUUUAUUGGAUCAACACUAUUUGCUUUACAACAGUUAUCGGGGAUAAAUGCUGUCUUCUAUUUCUCUUCAACUGUUUUUAAGAGUGCGGGGGUGCCCUCAAACCUUGCCAACUUAUGUCUAGGAUUUGCAAAUCUUUCAGGGUCAGUUGUCGCCAUGAGUUUAAUGGAUAAGUUGGGCAGGAAAGUACUACUUAUAGGUAGUUUUAUUGGCAUGGCAGUGUCAAUGGGCCUUCAGGCCAUGGCAGCAAGACUUCCUGCCUCAUGGGCUCUGUACUUCUCUGUUGGUGGAAUGCUGUUAUCGGUCUUGGCAUUUUCACUAGGGGCCGGUCCAGUCCCUAGCCUUCUUCUAUCGGAGAUAUUUCCCAACAAAAUUCGUGCAAAAGCUAUGGCCACAUGCAUGUGCGUGCAUUGGGUGGUGAAUUUCUUCGUUGGUUUGCUGUUUUUGCCAUUGCUGGAACGACUAGGGUCACAGAUGCUAUACUCUAUGUUUGCGUUCUUCUGUUUGAUUGCAGCAAUAUUUGUGAGGAGAAAUGUUGUGGAAACAAAAGGCAAGACUCUACAGGAAAUUGAAAUCUCACUUCUCCAACCUGAGUAAAGGUCAGAAUGGCUGAUAAACAAGUAGCAAAUAGUUAUUCAACAUAUUCCAUGCCGUAAUACAGAAAGUGUAGCAAAUGAGGAACGAUGAGAUCAUUAGGUAUUGGCAUUUACAGAGUGAUAUAUCCAGUUUUAUCUUGAGCAGAGCAUCAUCACAUGUAUUCUUGUUUUUAAUUAUAUGGGAGAAGACAGUAAGCAAAUUGUUCAUACUAAAGACCUUUAGAUUUGAAUAAGAGUAACAGAGUUCUUCAUU